GGCAAAAGAAAAAAUUUAGGCUGGAGUGCCUCAAGUGCGACAUGCAUCGUUAAUUUUCCUUGUCAGUUAUAAAAUGUUAGUCUUAUCCGAAUACAGUACAAUUUCCGUAUCAUUUGAAAAUUAACAUCGCAUCACGAGACUGUUUUUUCUUGAAAAAAAAGUAUAUAGUUGGUCAAUACUCAACUAACGAAUGGUUUGACCUUAUAAAACAACGGAAAAAACCCUAAUCGAUAUAUUGUCGUGAGGGAUCUAUUGAUCGAAUGCAAUCAGCAACAGCGAAUCUCUCAUUUUUUGCUGUCAAGCGACAGCUGACUGCAAUAAAUUGUGAACUACAUCAGAAACUAGAAAGAAAAAUCUUUGAAUUAUUUUGAUAUGAGAAUUCGUGAAAAUAAAGAAAUUUUAUAAAACAAACAUAAAUUACCUAAAGUGUCAGUAUUUUGUUUCAUACUAUUUUGCUUUGAAUUCAUGGUUUACGGAACUACGAACGAUAAACAUAACCUCCAAAGUGACAACACGAAUCUAUGAUUUUGCGAAUCCUGUCUUCUUAACACAAAAAUUGGAAUAUCCAAUAUUCAUUUUUCUACGAAAAAAAUCACGGAUAUCAAAUCUUGUAUAACCUCGUAAUUAAAAAAUGGCAUCGUUACAAUGGAAUGCCGAUAUUUCGGAUUUACAGUCAUCUGAUCCAGAGCGUCAAGUAUCAGAUGCAAAGACCAUGUUAUCAUCUCCUCAGCCACAGGAUGGUGUAAAAAAACGAUUUGAAAAUAUCACCAAGUCGAAGAAUGAUGAUAGGAACUAUAGAGGUUUGGUGCUUAGCAACAACAUGAAAGUAUUGCUUAUUAGCGAUCCAACUGAUAAAAGUGCUGCUUCAAUGGAUGUAAACAUAGGCUUCAUGAGUGAUCCACCAGAUUUACCAGGCUUAGCACAUUUCUGUGAACAUAUGCUGUUCCUUGGCACAGAAAAAUAUCCAGACAAGGAUGAGUACAACACUUUUUUGUCGCAACACGGUGGUCAAUCAAAUGCUGCAACCCACAUGGAUUAUACAAAUUACCAUGUUGAAGUAACACCUGACGAGCUUGACAGCGUUUUGGAUAGAUUCUCCCAAUUUUUUCUCAAUCCCCUUUUCACUGAAUCCGCCACGGAGCUCGAAGUGAAUGCUGUGAAUUCGGAACACGAAAAAAAUAUUGCUAAUGACGUUUGGCGCGCAGAUCAACUGGAGAAGUCUUCCGCUGAUCCAAAUCAUCCGUACUCAAAAUUUGGCUCGGGAAACAGGGAAACCCUCGAUGUAAUACCAAAAGCUAAGGGAAUUGAUGUUCGCAAGGCAUUAUUGGAUUUCCAUAAAACAUGGUAUUCAGCUAAUAUCAUGGCACUGAGUGUUCUUGGCAAAGAAAGCCUCGAUGAACUGGAAGAAAUGGUUGUUAGUCGUUUCGCCCAUGUCGAGGAUAAAAACGUCGAAGCUCCAGCAUGGCCUGAACAUCCGUACAAACAAGAGCAUUUCAAGAACAAGUGGUCCGUCGUACCGAUCAAAGACAUACGAUACCUGAAUAUGUCCUUUCCUCUGCCAGAUAUGCAUGAACAUUUUAGAUCUGCUCCGGCUCAUUAUGUUUCGCAUCUACUUGGACACGAAGGUAACGGUUCGUUAUUAGCAGCAUUGCGAAAAGCUGGCUGGAGCGAUUCCCUAAUGGCUGGUGAACGUACAGCUGCUCGGGGAGACUGCAAUUUCUUCAACGUUAUCGUUGAUCUUACUGAAGAGGGUAUUAAGCACGUAGACGAUAUAAUAACAUUGUUGUUCCAAUACAUCAACAUGUUGAAGGAGGCUGGUCCUCUCGAGUGGAUAUAUGACGAAUACAAGCAAAUAUCAAUGAUGGAAUUUGAUUUCAAAGAAAAAUUACGCCCUGGUAGCUACGUGAACGUUAUGUCACGUGCCCUGCAGAAAUAUCCCAUGGAGGAGAUUCUGAUAGCACCGUACUUGCUCACGGAAUGGAGACCGGAUUUAAUAAAUACGGUCAUUGAUCACCUGACACCUGACAACAUCCGAGUUUACGUGAUUGGCAAAAUUUUCGAAGAUAUUGCUACUGAAACUGAACCCUGGUACGGUACAAAAUUCAAGAAGGAGUCUAUAGCAUCCGAAACCAUAGAGAAAUGGCAAAACUGUGGACUAAACGAAGAUCUCGUUUUUCCAACGAAAAACGAAUUCAUACCCGAAGAUUUUGCGAUCAGAGCACAUGACGUAGCGCGAUCUGCCAUUGAAAAGUUUCCUGUUAUCAUCGAAGAUUCACCCUUCACGAGAAUAUGGUUCAAGCAAGACGACGAAUUUCUUCUCCCAAAGGUCAAUUUAACGUUUGAUUUCACGAGUCCUCUCGCUUACAUGGAUCCGGUAAGCUGCAAUCUUACCUAUAUGUAUAUUCAACUAGUCAAGGAUUCGUUAAACGAAUAUGCCUACGAUGCAGGACUUGCUGGUUUGACGUGGGAAUUCAGUGGUAGCAAAUACGGAAUAACUAUGACGAUCGGCGGUUAUCACGAUAAACAUCGAAUUCUUCUCGAAAAGAUCAUGGAUAAGAUGGUGAAUUUCACCAUAGACAGUAAGAGAUUUGAGAUCUUGAAAGGAAAUCAUAUCAGAAGCUUAAAGAAUUUGGAAGCUGAACAACCUUACAAACACGCUAUUUACUAUUUGGCCGUACUGCUGGCAGAGCAAGUAUGGAAGCGAGGCGAUUUGUUGAAUGCGAGUGAACACAUAACUGAGCAAAAACUUCGAGAAUUUGUACCUCAAUUACUCACAAAAAUGCACGUUGAGUGCCUGGUUCACGGUAAUCUUACAAAAGCUGAAGCGCUCGAGACUGUUCAGCUGGUGCAAUCAAAAUUAAAAGAACCAGCUCGUGAGAAUGACGAUCGACGCAUCGUGCCUUUAUUAUCUAGACAACUGUUGCUCUACCGAGAAAUCAGCUUAGACAACGGAUGUCAUUACUUAUAUCAGGCGGAAAACAGCCACCACAAAUCCUCCUGUACCGAAGUAUAUUACCAGACAGGAUUGCAAUCGACUGAAUCAAACAUGCAUCUUGAGCUACUGGCGCAAAUCAUAUCACAACCGUGUUUUAGUACUCUGAGAACGAGUGAGCAGCUUGGAUAUAUCGUAGUGAGUGGAAUUCGUCGAGCAAACGGUGUACAAGGUUUAAGAAUUAUUGUCCAGAGUGACCGACAUCCAAAAUACGUUGAUGAUCGUAUUGAAUUAUUUAUGGAAUCGAUGCUCGAACAAAUAACAAAAAUGGGUGAAGACGAGUUCAACAGACACAAGGCAGCGUUGGCUGCACAACGGCUUGAAAAGCCAAGAAUGAUGGGCACUUUGUCUGCAGUAUUUUGGAGCGAGAUAGCGACGCAACAGUAUAACUUCGAUCGUACCACCAUCGAGGUUGCUUAUUUGAAGACAAUAACGAAAGAUCAAAUACUCCAAUUCUUCAAGGAGGUUAUUCAUGCUAAAGCUCCAAUGAGAAGAAAAUUGGCUGUUCAUAUAUUAUCGAUGGCGGAUGGUGGAGCUGGUUUAGUUGAAUAUACGGGAACGAAGAACGAUGAAACGACGGAAGGAGUGGUCCAAGAAGUACCGAUUGAGAUCAAAGAUAUUAUUUCCUUCAAGGCGAGUCAAUCGCUGUAUCCCCUGGUGAAACCAUUUAAUGGUAUAGCCCGAAAGGGGCAAAGGUCGAAAUUAUAAUUUCUUACGGAAAAAGUUUCUAGAAACUUGAAAAUGACUAACGAAAAAAAAAAAUAUAUAUAUAAGGUAUUUUGAAAAUUUUAAUUCUUAUAACUUUUGAUAGUUAAUUUCCUGUAUCACUUGACAGUGUGAUAUGCUAAUUUAACGAGACUUAAAACUCGUAAUAGAGAACUCCGGUCUACAAGAACUGAUAAUUAUUGUCGAGGAACGCGCAGGCUGAUAAAUAAAACACGUACACAUUCUUUUUUAAAUUAAAAAUGGAAAUCGAAUAAACUAAUAGUGCCCUUAGCGAGUUUAAUAACGCUCAGAAAAAAGCUGGCAAUCAUAGGAAACUCGUAAUGUUGAAAAUCUUUUAAAUCACUCAUGUACAUAGAUGUAUAAUUAAAAAAAUAUUUGAAUAAAAACGAAAAUAAUUUA